UUGGCCUGUAGUUGUCAGUACAACAAAGCGAACGCACGCACUGCGCGCGCGCCGUCUCCCGAUCAAAGGGCGAUCGCGACUGUUCAAUUAAAUCCGUAUUAUUUACAAUCUUCGUUCGAUAUUUGAAUCCGAGUGAAACGUUGUGUUUUGACGUGCAUGGAUGACAGUGUUGUUUUUUUUUUUAAUUGGAUGUUCUUUUUUUGAAUGCCUGGUAUCCAUGAAGAUUUGAAGAGCUAAUCCAAAAUGGUGGCGGUGAGCAAACAACUGUUUGACACGGCGUGUCGCGACGUGUCGUGCAAUGUCAUCAUACAUCCUUGGAACCAGAGCUGCUUCUGGGCUGCUCCGCAUUUGUACAAACAUGCGCUUAUUGGCAGUGCUAAGUUUUACUCCAUUAUUUAUCUUGCACAAAUCCUAAUGCGUGGUAAGAAAAUGUUGAGGAAGGACCAGUGGAUGAAGAUGGGAGAAUACUACGUGAGGUCCACUCUAUUGGGACAACUAGUCACAGCCACAGCACCAAACAUUAGUUGUUUAAUUAGAAAAUUAAUGGGUGAUAAGUUCAACUCUUCCACGUACCUGUUCAUACCGUUCACACUGAACGGUCUCUUCAUUUACUUGGAGCCGCCCAGCAGGAGAGGGUUGGUCAUCAACCUGUUUUGUAACUUAGUGAUCGAGUACUACCUCAAAGUUCUGCAGAGAGCUGGAUAUCUGUCAGUGACGAAGGCACAGCAGACGCUGAUGUUCAUGUUAGGAAGUUCCUUGCUGUUCUACCUCAUGAGGCUCGAAGGUGAUAAGAAGGAGAGGACGCCUUUGUUCUGGUUUUUCACUCCAGAAAAGGUUCGAAGAAAAACUGAAGACAGCAAGAAAGUUUGUCCACAUGAAGGAAGAUGUGAAAAAUAUGUAGCAAAGGGUUUCGCCACAUACUUCGGCGUAGGUCUCGGCAUAUCUCUAGCGCGGGUCAUCUUACCCAAGAUCAGGAGUCCAGUCAAGGCCAUAUCUUCCAUCAGAGGCAAACACUUCAAGCUGGCGCUGUUCUUCGGCAGUUAUAUCGGUAUCUACAGAGCUGUGGUAUGCUACUUGUGUCGUAAGCAAGGAGUCGACUCGGCAUUGUACGCGCUCCCCGCUGGCUAUGCCGCUGGAAUAUCGUUCUUAUUCAACCCUAGCUUAGGGUUGUCUAUCGCAUCGCUCACUGCUGCAUUUAAGCUGUAUUCAACCAUUUUAUACGAGAAGAAAGUGCUGCCAUCCAACAUACCGUUGCCGGAGAUAUUAUACUGUUUCUGCCAAGGCACGCUGUUCAAUGCUCGCCUGAUGGAUCCUGAUGUAUGCCCCAACUAUGUGUUCAAUCUCAUGAAGUCUUGCAGUAACGGAAUGUCUGAAGAAGUGUAUAAAAGUUUCUCUGGAGUUGUUAGAAAUGCUAUGUGAUAAUGAAAAGACGUACCUAGACGUAUUUUUAACUUGAAGAAUAUUGCCGAUAGGUCUUCGAAGGUCGGUCGUGACUUUGUAGAUAAAAGCCAUAUUUUUAUGACAGCUGCAUCAUAUUGUCAAGAGUAAAAAAAAAACGAAAUGAAAGAAGCAAAUUUUCCGACAAAUUCGGCCGAUAGUUUAAUCGCGCUCAAUCAGUAGGGAAAUCAAAGAUCGUGCGCACGUUACAACGAUAAUUUUAGUCUGCGCUUUAAAUAAAUAUUUAAAAAAAAGGAAGACGUCAUUUGUUUUUUAAUUCGGCCAUUAGCUGAUGUAGGUUUUUAUAACGGGUAUACCAAGUUGUUGGUAGGUGUAUUAUAAUCUAUGUUAUUUAUUCAUAAAAUUGGUGAUUGAUUUUGUUAUAUUUUUGUGAUUGAGAUAAAUAAAUCGGAAGUUAUUACAA